CCUCCGGGCGAGAACCAAGCAUUCCUUAUAAAAGACAGCAUAUCUUCUAGUCGGGUUUGAAAAUUGCGGUAGUUGUAGAGCUCUUUUCAGUCUCCAUUAUCCCCAACUCUCGACCUGUGUUUUCCAUCUUUCUUAUAUCUCAACCCCUCUACUCUUCCCACGUUUCAUACGUUAAAAGUAGCAACGAAAGCACAAGUCAUCGGCUCACUUCCCGGUGAAGUCUAGAGAUGGUGCCCACUACGCGCUCCAGUAUACAGGAGGUCACACAAACCGUCCUCGUCUCCACCAGGGCCGUCAUCCCUGAUGCGCAGGGCAACCUUGUUGUGUCACCUGCAACGAUAACGAUAUCUCCAGCAACGGGGAAGAUCCUCUCUGUGCGCCCCGAAGUUGUUCCGCAGUCGGAAUUCUCUGCAGACACAGUGUACAUUGACCACUCUCCAAACAUUAUCCUGCCAGGCCUCGUGGAUGCUCACGUGCACUUGAACGAGCCGGGUCGGACGGAAUGGGAGGGCUUCUGGACAGGGACUCGGGCAGCGGCUAGUGGGGGUGUCACUACGGUGAUUGAUAUGCCUCUCAAUGCCAUUCCACCAACUACAACUGUGGCAGGGCUUAAGGAGAAGAUUAAGGCAGCGGAAGGCCAGUGUUGGGUGGAUAUUGGAUUCUAUGGAGGCAUUAUCCCUGGCAAUGCCGACGAGCUUGUGCCGCUGGUUGAAGCUGGAGUCAGAGGGUUCAAAGGAUUCUUGAUCGAGAGUGGUGUCGACGAGUUCCCAGCCGUAUCUUCAAAGGAUGUGGCGUUGGUCUUGGAGACAUUGGCAACCCAGCCCACAACCGUGCUAUUCCACGCCGAGAUGAUCCCGCCCAUCACUGACUCCAUCGGUGAUGACGUCCAAGCUUCGCUCCUACCAGCAUACCCCCACGGUCCACUUGAUGCCUACUCCUCUUUCCUAGCCUCCCGCCCACCGGCUUUUGAGACUUACGCUAUUGAGGAGGUUAUAUCGCUGGCUCACCUCGCACCCUCUCUACCACUGCACAUUGUGCAUCUCAGCGCUAUCCAGGCAAUCCCUCUCCUACGCGAAGCGCGUCAGAAAGGCAUCAAGAUUACAGCCGAGACCUGCUUCCACUACCUCUCCCUCGCAUCAGAGGACGUCGCCACAGGCGACACCCGCCACAAGUGCUGCCCACCCAUCCGCGAAGCCUCUAACCGCGACGGUCUCUGGGCUGAACUGAACGAGCUGAACUCCGUCAUCCAAACCAUCGUUUCGGACCACUCACCCUGCACCCCCGAGCUGAAGCUCCUCCCCGACCACCUGAGCGUCGCGGAACCAGGGACCGCUGAUGAUGGCAAGGCGAAGGGCGAUUUCUUCGCUAGCUGGGGUGGAAUCUCCAGUGUUGGUCUCGGUCUACCUAUUCUCUGGACCUCAGCGCAUAACCAGACUGCGCAGCAGAAGCCGGCUUUGAGCAUCAUUGAUGUCGUGCGCCUGUGCUGUGUUAACACCACCAAGCAGGUCGGUCUUGAGCAUCUCAAGGGCGCGCUGAAGGAGGGGCUUGAUGCGGAUAUCUGCGUAUUCGAUGAUGAGGGAAGCUUCGUCGUAGAGAAGACGGAUAUGCUGUUCCGCAACAAGGUCACCCCGUAUCAAGGAAAGAGGCUCAAGGGAGUAGUUAGGGAGACAUAUUUGCGGGGGACGAAGAUCUAUGGGAGGGAAGAGGGCGUAGUGGGAAAGUCACAGAAGCCGAGCGGUAUACUACUGUUGGAGAAGAGGCAGGCAUAGAUCAGUA